AACCGACGACGUCGCACCGUUCCGUGCGUAUCACGCUACACGUCGCGUUGAUAGUUUAUCGUAAUUUUUUUUUUUUUUUUUUUUUUUUUUUUUUUAUCUCAUCUCCCUUAUCGGAGAUCCGGGAUAAACGUUAUCGUGUUCCGUACGUUUUCGCCGUGGACUGGCGACCGGGAACACGGAUAGCCCGCGACGGGCCGACAGCGAACGAGUGCCGGGAAAAUGUCUACGCGAAAACGGUUCGGCUGACGUCCGCGUGCAUGUGUCCGUCCGUACGGGUUACGUUUCAUCACGGCCGCGCGCGCCGUUGUGCGUGUGCUGUUGUUUACCGAGGAGGAGCCGCCGUCGCCGCCGUCGCCGCCGCAGCCGAAGCCGCUGCGGCCCGACGAUGGACGGGAAGCGCAGCAAUCAUGCCGCCGGCGGACGUUUCGUGACGACACCGUGUGCCCGGGAAUUUUGAACCGCCACCGGGAGUAUGGAAGAGCAAGAAAAUAUGAACAAAACAUUGCCACUUACUAAAAAGCAGAAAAUUAAUGACAGUGAAUUUCGUUUAGUUGACUUAAAUGUUGAUACAAUUAGUCUAAACUUGACAAAGCAUUGUCUUUGUCAAUUACCUGAAACAUGUAUGUUAAAAGAAGUUUUUAGGGUUUCAAAUGUUAGUAGUUGGAGUCGUGAACGGCUAUUGAAUUUCUUGAGUUUUGCUCGGUUGACUUGUGAUAUUGCCCUAAAGCAACAAUCUGAAGGUACUAUAUGUACAAGUGUUGAGCGUUUAAGCAACUAUUUGAUUUCUAAUAAAACUAGUGUUGUAAAUGAAAUUGUAUCUUUACUUAUUCGUACAGAUCCUUAUAUAUCAUUUGCAGCUAGUAAUGCUUUAGCAGAUAUAUUUCUAUGCUCGCAAAAUAAACUAGAUAAUAAAUGGGUAGAAGAACUUACAGAUUUAUUUCUCAGGCGGUCACCAGAAACAUUAUGUCCUGUUAUAGCAGUUUUUAAACGUGUACUAUGUUGGAGAGAUGCGCAAAUGAUUGAUUCAGAAAAAAAUAUCAAGAUGCCAGAAAAUUGUGUUAGUCGGAAAUUAAUUUUUGAAGAUGAAGAAAUUGAGAUGGAUGAUGAAUUUGGAAUAAGUCUUGUUAAAACUAAAGUUAUUGAAGUCUUACAAACUCAAUGGCAAAUGAUUGUAAUGAAAUUUGUUAGGUAUAUGUCAUCUUUUGACCAUUGUACAGAAACUACAAAUGAACAAUUCAAUCAUAAAAUGGGAAAUCUUGCUAUCAUAGAAUUUAUCAAAUUAUGGACUUCAAUGGUUUCUAUAAAAACUAAUCUCAAUGUUAUGAACAUAAAAUAUUUUUAUGCAGAUUUAGGACAAAUGCUUAUUCUUUUAAGACGACCAAAAGUUCAAUCAGUUAUUUGGAAAAACAUAGUUAAUCUUUUCAACGAAAGUUUGUGUUACACAACUACUCUUGCUGUACAAGGUACAAUGCAAGAAGAACCUUGUAUGUUGGCUAGAGAAUUAGUUAAAGUUGUAAAAACUAAAAAUAUGUUGAAUAAUAUGCCAUUCCGUAAAGGUCCAGGGGAUUUUGGUGGAGGAGAAGAAGAUGAUGGUGAUAAAAAGCUAUUACAAGAUACUGUUUUAUUAAUUUUAAAAGCAUUAGCAAUAAUCAUCAAAGAAACAAAAAAUGAUUCUUCUUCUAGUGAUUCUUCAUGUGAUGAAUCUGAAGAUUCUGAAGAAAUAGAUGCAGAAAUGGCUAUAAUUGAAAGUAGUGUCAAUGAAGUUUUAAAAAAACUUGACUCUUGUGUUAAGAAGUGUAUGUCUUAUCUACCAGAAACACAAAUCGCACAAUGGGUUGUUCAGUUGUUUUCUGAUCGAAAUGAUGUACUUAUUGAAAGUUUAAUUUGUACCAUUGAUAUUUCAUUGGUAUUGUGUUAUCGUCGUAACUCCUUGCCAAUGUUACGACAUGUGCUAAAUCCCACAGCUAGUUUUGUUGAAUUUUUACAAACACUUUCUUAUAAUAAUGAUGUAAAUGAAUUGAUAUUAGAUUUAUUAUUAGGUAGCGACACUAGUUUUUUAUUAUACAUUAUGCGAAUAUUAAAGUUCAUUUGCAAUAGAUGGUCAGAGUUUAGUCUUUGUUGUGAAACAAAGUUGCAAAGUACAAUGACUACAUUGAAGAGCUUACAGACUAGUCUUGACCAACUUAUUAAAAAUGAUUUAACUCCUUACAAUCUUAAUCCAGUUUUACGAUUGUUAGUUAAAUGUAAUGGGUUGUAUACAGGCAUAGAUGUAAGAGCUAUUUAAAAGAUUCACUUUGUCUACAUUAUUUUAAUUUCAAUAUUAGGUUCUUUAUUAAAAUAUUAUAGAUAUUGUGUUUUUAUUCAUUUGAAAUU